ACUGACCUGCAUCCGCCUUGCCUGCUCAGCCCUUUCUCUAUCAAAUUCACACACACACACACACACACAGACGCCUCCAUUUUUCUCAAUCACUCUAUUGAUUUCAAGCUUCAAAUAAAUCAACGCGUUCUUCAUCUGGGUUGUUGAUUGAAAUUUGAUACAGAUAUUGUUUAUAUUAUAUGGGUUGCACUGUGAGAGAGAAGCAUAUCCGGACAAACCGGAGGCCACGAUCCGUGAAACCCGAAUUCGAUCCUUGUUGUUAUCUUGAUAAGGUAUCAAUAUCUAAAUCUAUACUUGAAUCGGGUCUCAAACCAUUGAGUUAUCAUCUGGGUUUACAUGAUUCGACCCAGAACUCAAACCCUAACCCUAACUCAACUUUUGAGGAUCAUGGUUGGGGUUACUGCACUGAGGAACAACUGGAGGAAAUUUUGUUGAAAAACUUAGAGUUUUUGUAUAAUGAAGCUAUAUCUAAACUUGUUGCAUUGGGUUAUGAUGAGGAUGUUGCUUUGAAGGCUAUAUUGAAAAAUGGGUAUUGUUAUGGUGGCAUGGAUGUGUUAACAAACAUAUUGCAUAAUUCUUUGGCUUAUUUGAAUAGUAGUCCUUGUGGUGGUGGUGGUAAUGGUAAUGCUGGUAAUGUGAAUUCAGAGGAACCAGAGAUGGUUUUUAAUGAUUUAAGACAACUAGAAGAGUACUCACUUGCGGGUAUGGUAUGUUUGUUGCAACAAGUUAGACCACAUUUGAGUAAGGGUGAUGCCAUGUGGUGUUUGCUGAUGAGUGAUCUUCAUGUGGGUCGUGCGAAUAGUAUUGAAAUUCCGGGUACUAAUGUUUGUGGUGGUACAGUUCCAAACAAUGUGGAUAAUGUUGUAAAUAAUGGUGGGGUUAGUGGUGUUGUUGCUCCAGCAUUGUGUAGGUUUCAUGGAGGGUGGGGGUUUGGGAGUGGGGGAAAUUCUGAGUUUUCGGUCAAUGGGUUCUUUUCAUAUAGUGCUGAAAUGACUUUGCCGAGGGAUAUUGAGUGUCCUAAGAGGUUUAAUCUUUCGCCUUCUAUGAAAUCUUUGUUGAAGAGAAAUGUCGCAAUGUUUGCUGCUGGUUUUCGGGCUAAUUCGAAGCAGAUGCAGUCACAAUCUCCGGCUUGUCUGAGUGUUACGUCGGGUGGGGAUGUUUCUCCAGUUGGAUCUGGGGCUGAGGUUUUGGUUGAGAAGUGUGAGGAGUCAAAGAGUUUGAAGGAUCCAAAUGGGGUUGAUUCAGUAAUGAGUAAAUUGCGUGAUCUGAAUAUUGAUGAGCAUUUGGAGGAUGUAACAGAGGAUCAGAAGGAUGAGAUGAUAGUUACUUUGCUUGACCAGGUUAAGGAAUUAGAGAAGCUGGUGAAGGAGCGGAAAGAAUGGGCACACCAGAAGGCAAUGCAAGCUGCUAGGAAACUUAGUAAUGACCUAACAGAGCUUAAAAUGUUGAGGAUGGAGAGGGAGGAGACUCAGCGGUUGAAGAAGGGGAAACAGACUCUUGAGGACACAACCAUGAAGAGGCUCUCGGAGAUGGAGAAUGCACUGAGGAAGGCUAGUGGUCAAGUAGAUAGAGCAAAUGCUGCUGUUAGAAGGCUUGAAACAGAGAAUGCUGAAAUCAGAGCAGAGAUGGAGGCUUCCAAGUUGAGUGCUGCAGAGUCUGUUACAACAUGUUUGGAGGUCGCAAAGAGGGAGAAAAAGUGCCUUAAGAGGCUCUUGGCUUGGGAGAAACAGAAAGCUAAGUUGCAGGAGGAGAUCGCUGAUGAGAAAGAGAAGAUCAAGGAGUUGCAACGAUGUUUGGCACGCGUCCAGCUGGAUCAGAAAGAAACUGAGUCAAAGUGGAGGCAGGAACAGAAGGCCAAAGAACUAGCCUUGACCCAAGUGGAGGAGGAACAGCGUUCAAAGGAAGCAGCAGAAGCUAGCAAUAAAAGAAAGCUUGAGGCUUUGCGCCUGAAAAUAGAGAUAGACUUCCAGCGCCACAAGGACGAUCUCCAAAGACUUGAGCAGGAGUUUUCGCGUCUAAAAGCAUCUGCAGAGUCUACUGAGUUGAUUCAUCAAUCAGCUACUUUACCUUUAGGAAAGUCAGAGAGGGUAAUGCCCCAAGGAGAAACGAUUGCAAGGUUGCUGCAUGAGUUGGACGAAUUGGAAGAUUCGUCUGAGAAAGAAAGCAACCGUGAUAGGGAUUGCAUGAUUUGUUUGAAAGAUGAAGUCUCCAUUGUUUUUCUGCCCUGUGCUCACCAAGUAUUGUGUGUCAGUUGCAGUGACAAUUACGGAAAGAAGGGAAAAGCCACUUGUCCAUGCUGCCGGGUUCCAAUAGAACAGAGAAUCCGCGUUUUUGGAGCAAGUUCAUAGUCAUAGUUUGGGUUUAAAGAAAAUAUUGUGCAUCAUCAAGUCUUUUUCAGGAUUACUUGAUAAUAUGCAAUUUACAUUUCGUUGAAGACAUUUUGGCUGCUUGCUUUUACAUAUACCUGCCUCUAAUAUGCUGUGAUAGUUGAGCAUAAUGUGGAUGUAUGUAUAUAAGAACUUGAGUAGGCUCAUGGUUUCAGCCUUAAAUAAGUGAAAUGCAUUUUCACUUUGUUUCCCACCUGCUUGCAAUGGAGCUAAUUAUCUGUCAUUUAUUAUUUUAUAAAAAGAGUUAUCAUUC